GGAGGAGGAGGAGGAGGGGGUGGGGCAAGAUGUCGGCGCCUGUCGCUAUGCCGGUGCCGGUGAAGAAGCGCAAGCUGGAGGCGCGGAGCAGCCAGGACAGCGCCUACUAUCACUGCUACUCGGAUGUGUCCAUCCACGAGGAGAUGAUCGCGGACGAGGUGCGCACCGGCUCCUACCGCCUGGCGCUGCUCCGGAACGGCCCGUCCAUCCGCGGGAAGGUGGUGCUGGACGUGGGCGCCGGCACCGGCAUCCUCAGCGUCUUCUGCGCUCAGGCCGGCGCGGCCCGCGUGUACGCGGUGGAGGCGAGCGAGGUGGCCGAGGAGGCGACCCGGAUCGCGGGGCUGAACGGGCUGAGCGAGCGGAUCCGGGUGAUCCGGGGCCCGGUGGAGGAGGUGGACAUCCCGGAGCCGGUGGACGCCAUCGUGAGCGAGUGGAUGGGCUACGCGCUGAUGUACGAGUCGAUGCUGCGCUCGGUGCUCAGAGCCCGCGACAAGUGGCUGAAGCCGGGAGGCCUGAUCCUGCCCUCGGUGGCCGAGCUGUACAUCGCCCCGGUCACCGACCCGGUGCUGGCCGAGCGCCUGGGCUUCUGGCACCGGGUGAAGGAGCGCUACGGCGUGGACAUGUCGUGCAUGGCCUCCUUCGCCAGGCGCUGCCUCAUGAACCAGGAGAUCGGGGUGAUCGCCGUGAGCGGGGAGGACGUGUUGGCUCACCCGGUGCGCUUCGCCCGGCUGGACCUCCGCACCGCCACCGAGCAGCAGCUGGGCGAGAUCGGCGGGGCUUUCUCCGCCCGCUCGUUCGGCAUGUCCACCAUGCACGCCUUCGCCGUGUGGUUCACCGUCACCUUCCCGGCCGACAACCCGGUGGUGCUGUCCACCUCGCCCUUCAAGGAGGAGACGCACUGGAAGCAGUCGGUGCUGUACCUGGACGAGCCGGCCGAUGUGGUCCAGGACACCGGCAUCACCGGCGAGAUCACCCUGACCCCGUCCGAGGAGAAUCCCCGGCACCUCCGGGUCUCGCUGACUUACGAAAUCGGUGACCUGGGGAAGAAAUCCAAGAAGUUCAGGAUGGGGGAGGACUUUCCUGCUUUCCAGUGACUUGACUUUGGAGCCCUGGCCCCGAGCUUGGCUUUGGGUUCAUUUCGGGGGGCACUCACUCAAACGUGUUCGUAAACAUCUGAUUCGAUUCUUACAAAAAGACCAAAAUUUGCAGCAUUGUCAAGAAACACUUGGGAUACCGAGGAUUCCUGGAGCAGGAGAUGGGACUUGUUUUAGUCCUGUGACAAUAUCCACGUGAUUUGAGGCACUAAAGUGUGUGUCCCCCCCCCCCC